UUUACGCAUUUUGUUAUAGACUGAGAAAGAGGACCGCGACCAAGUAGUUUUGGCUACGACAAGGUGAGAAACCAAAUUCAGAAAGAAAAAGAAAUAGAUGGGUAGCGAUGGGAUCUUGGGCAACAGAGACCCAAAGCGGAGCAAAGCAAGUAUACCCAAACGAAGAAAAUGGGUGAAGAGAAGAGAAAUAUGGCUGGUGAUCCUUGGAGUGAUCCUCCAUGCUGUUUACAUGUUAAGCAUCUUCGACAUCUACUUCAAAACACCCAUUGUUCAUGGCAUGGAUCUUGUCUCCCCUCGCUUUUUGGCUCCCGCUAAACGCCUCGUUCUCCUUGUUGCGGAUGGUUUACGUGCUGAUAAGUUUUUUGAGCCGGAUUCAGAAGGAAAUUUUAGAGCACCAUUUUUAAGAAAUGUGAUUAAAAAUCAAGGUAAAUGGGGAGUAUCCCAUGCUCGGCCUCCAACAGAGUCAAGGCCUGGACAUGUUGCUAUAAUUGCUGGUUUUUAUGAGGACCCUAGUGCAGUUACAAAAGGAUGGAAAGCUAAUCCGGUAGAAUUUGAUUCAGUUUUUAAUCGGAGCCGGCAUACAUUUUCUUAUGGUAGCCCUGAUAUUGUUCCAAUAUUUUGUGGCGCUUUGCCACACAGCACUUGGAAUACCUACCCUCAUGAGUUUGAAGACUUUGCAACUGAUGCAUCCUUUUUGGACGAGUGGUCUUUUGAUCAAUUUCAGAGCCUUCUGAACAAGUCCAAUGAAGACCCAAAGUUGAAAAGGUUACUACAACAAGAUAAUCUUGUUAUAUUUCUGCAUCUACUUGGUUGUGAUUCAAAUGGUCAUGCACAUCGUCCCUUUUCAUCCAUUUAUCUCAACAAUGUAAAAGUUGUUGAUCGUAUUGCUGAACGUGUUUAUAAUCUUCUGGAGAGUUACUACAAGGACAAUUGUACAUCAUAUAUUUUCACAGCAGAUCAUGGAAUGAGUGACAAAGGAAGUCAUGGGGAUGGCCAUCCUUCAAACACUGAUACCCCUCUAGUUGCUUGGGGAGCGGGCAUUAAACAUCCCAAGCCAAUCACGAGAAGAGACCACUCUGAUCAUGUUCUUCGGUUUGUUGAUGAACAUUUGCAUGACACCCCAACACCCAAAGAAUGGGGCCUUGAUGGUAUUGAAAGGGUUGAUGUUAAUCAAGCUGAUAUUGCACCCCUCAUGUCAACUCUUCUUGGUUUGCCUUGUCCAGUCAAUUCAGUCGGGAAUUUACCCCUUUCUUAUGUUGACAUGAAAGAGGAAGAAGAAGUUGAGGCUGUGGUAGCUAACACAAAGCAGAUUCUUAACCAAUUUCUGCGCAAAUCACAAAUAAAGCAAUCACAUUCACUAUAUUUCAAGCCUUUCAAGCCACUUGCUCAAUAUUCCUCUAUGUUGAAUCAAAUUGAGGGUUUGCUAAUUGCUAGAGACUAUAAAGCUGCCAUGCAGCUGUCAGAAAAUCUCAGAAGCUUGGCACUGGAUGGACUUCAUUAUUUUCAAACUUAUGAUUGGCUGAUGCUGAUGACCAUAAUUACUCUUGGAUAUAUCGGUUGGAUGGUCUUUCUCGUUCUUCAUGUUCUGCAAGCUUAUACUUCAUUGUUAGGAGAUAUAAAUAGAAAGAGGGAAGCAGUUCGCCAGCAAUAUGAUACAGGAAAAGUUAACCUAUGGGGCUGUCUGUUUAUGGGAGUACUCAGUGUUCUACUUUUUCUGGAGCGCUCCCCUCCUCUUUACCAUGCAUAUUUUGCCAUGACAGUAUUUCUCUGGACACAAAUCUUUAAUGAGUAUCAGUUUAUAAAAGCACUAUGGAGACACUUAAGUGGGAGGAAAUUCAACUAUGUCAUUAAACUUCUGGUCACUGGUGUGGUGUCACUAAUCAUUCUUGAGUUCCUGGUGCAGAGCUUCGCUGAAAGAAAACUCUAUACUUGGUGCUUCCUGGUAGUGGGAGCUGUAGCUUCUAUGUAUCUUUACAAUUUAAUUCCUUGGAGAUCCGGAAUUCCAGUUUUUGCUUGCCUUACUUGUUGGUUCCUGUCUCUAUUUACUUUAAUGCCAGCAGAAAUUCCCGAUAAUAAUAAGUUGGUAAUUGCAAGUGGAGGGAUGAUCAUCGUAAUAGGAUUAACUGCAAAGUGGCUGGACCUGCAUACUGAUGGGAAUAAUUAUUGGUUAGGUAUCUGCAUGCACGAAAUAAAACAACCUAGGUUCCCUAUGCUCUUUCACUUCCAGGCUCUUUUGGUCGGGUUAUCGUCAGUAAUGGUGUUUUUAUCUACCUCUCAUAGAACAGAGAAGCAAGAACUACACUCAGUACAUCAAUUGAUGAACUGGUCCAUUGCGGGUUGCUCAAUGGUCCUCCCAUUGUUUUCCAAUAAUGGUCUCUUGUCUAGGCUCAAUUCUAUAUUUCUUGGUUUCGCACCAACAUUCCUUCUACUAUCUAUUGGAUAUGAAGCUGUCUUCUAUGGUGCACUUGGUCUUGUACUAAUGGCAUGGAUACUGUUUGAAAACUCACUUCUUUACUUGAGUAAAGUGAAAAAAUCUUCUGCUUCUAGAAAGAAUUUGGAAGAACAUUUCUUUCUGGAACAUGAAGUUAGAUAUUUGCAGCUGUCCGAUGUGAGAAUUCCAUUAACCUUUAUGGUUUUAUUUAACGUGGCCUUCUUUGGGACGGGAAAUUUUGCAAGUAUUGCAAGUUUUGAGAUUUCCUCUGUCUACAGGUUCAUCACUGUGUUCAGUCCCUUUCUGAUGGCAGCCCUCCUCAUCUUCAAGUUAUUCAUACCAUUCAUGCUUGUCAUAUGUGCAUUCAGUGCAAUAACCAAACUACUCCAAAUUCCACGAUUGGGAUGCUAUUUCCUUGUGAUUUUGUUUUCGGAUGUGAUGACCAUCCACUUCUUCUUCCUGGUGAGGAACACAGGAAGCUGGAUGGAAAUUGGUAAUAGCAUCAGCCAUUUUGGAAUUGUGAGUGCACAAGUUGUGUUUGUGCUACUACUUUUUGCUCUCACAAAUAUAUACACAAAGGAUAUCCAAAUUAGAUCAGCUAGCCCAGCCUCUCGGAAAGCAAUGUGAUUCACAAGAAACUAGGCUUUGAUGCAUUAGAAUUAGGUACACAAUUUCUAUUUGUAAGGUGAACACUUUUAGAAUCAGAUUGUGGCUUUCAAGGACUUUGGAGCAGCCUUCAUCUGAGUUUUUCUUUUUGAUUCUUUUUUUACAAUGAUUUCUGUUAGCUUGUGUGUGUAAAUUUGAAAUUUUGACCAAUGGGAUUUUCCAAGUUCUUCCCAUUCAUCGAUAUGAAUCAUUUUGGUCUUUGUUAAUU